UUCUAGUCUUGGUUGAACUAUUGUCAUGGACAAAGGAUGGGACGAUUCGAUCAAGAUCCUCCGACCAACCAUGAGUUAAUUUAAUCCCUGCAGGGCCUGCAUAAAUUUCCAAUAUUUAUACACUAUAUAAGUCAUUUGGACUUGCUCCGAAUAUAGCAAGUGGUGUUGUUCUAAACUUAAGAGGGAGAGAGGCAGAGAGUGAUCAAGACGAGAAAAUCGAUCGAGCAUGGAGAACAUGGACAGCGAUCAGCACAAUGAAGCCUUGUUACAAUCCGAAGAAGCAUCAGCCAGAGGGCCUAUAAGUUCAGCACUGGAAGAUAUACUAACCAACCCUGAUCUCUCAUACUUCCAGCGCCUUGGGCAGGCUUCUUGGCACGAAAUUAAGACCCUCUUCUACCUAGCAGCUCCGGCGGUGGGGAAUUACUUGCUCAGCAACAUCACUGCAGUAGCCACCCUCAUCUUCUGUGGCCGACUUGGCAAUCUUGAAUUCGCUGGUGCCUCUCUAGGGAACACUGGUGUCGCUGUCUUUGCUUACGGCCUCAUGCUUGGAAUGGGAAGUGCAGUGGAGACAUUGUGUGGCCAAGCAUUUGGAGCAAAUAAGAACGAAAUGCUGGGUGUAUAUUUACAGCGAGCAACAAUUCUUCUCACGGCAACAGCAAUCCCAGUGAUGUUCAUCUACAUCUUCUCCAAGCAAAUCUUGAUCGGACUAGGCGAAACGGAGAGCAUAGCAUCUGCAGGAGCACUCUUCGUCUAUGGCCUAAUUCCACAGCUCUUUGCCCUGGCUUUCAAUUUUCCCUUACAAAAAUUCUUACAAGCUCAGAGCAUAGUGUGGCCUAGCGCCUGCAUAUCUGGCGUUACAGUUGUGGUGCACCUAGUACUUAGUUGGGUGGUGGUGUACAAAUUAGGGUGGGGUUUGCUGGGUGCAUCUUUGGUUUUGAGCUUGUCUUGGUGGAUCAUGGUGGUGGCCCAGUUAAUAUACAUCUUGGUGAGCCCAAGGUGCAAAUAUACUUGGACUGGAUUUAGCUCACAGGCUUUUACUGGGCUCUGGGAGUUUCUGAAGUUAUCCACUGCAUCCGCGGUCAUGCUGUGCCUUGAGACUUGGUAUUUUCAGAUUUUGGUUUUGAUCGCUGGGUUGCUCAAGAAUGCUGAGAUUGCCUUGGACGCACUCUCUGUUUGCAUGGCUGUAUCUGGAUGGGUGUUCAUGAUCUCUGUUGGGUUCAAUGCUGCAGCAAGUAUAAGGGUGAGCAAUGAGGUUGGUGCUGGGCAUCCAAAAUCAGCAUCAUUUGCAGUGGUGGUUGUAACUACAAGCUCCUUAAUCAUCUCCUUAAUUCUUGCCAUAAUCAUACUUGCACUCCGCCGUUACCUCAGCUAUAUAUUCACUGAGGGCUCCACUGUUUCGAAUGCCGUCGCUGAACUUUCUCCCUUCUUGGCUUGUACUCUUUUACUUAACGGCAUCCAACCUGUUUUGUCUGGGGUGGCUGUUGGAUGUGGAUGGCAAGCAAUCGUGGCAUGGAUUAACAUAGGAUGUUACUACAUCAUUGGUAUCCCAUUGGGUUGUGUUCUCGGCUUCAAGCUUGACUUGGGAGCUAAGGGAAUAUGGUCAGGAAUGUUGGCGGGCACUUUUAUUCAAACUCUUAUACUCUGUUGGAUCACAUUCCGGACUGACUGGAAUAAAGAGGUUGCGAAAUCAAAGAUUCGUAUAGAUCAAUGGAAAAACAAGAAAGAGCCUCUUCUCAAUGAAUAGACUCAAGUUUAGGAAACUUGGGACAAAACUCUCGUUUAUUUUAAAAAGACUUUGUUUGUCGGAGGGGCAAUUGGCAUGCCUUGUCUUUCUAUAUAAUAUCUUCUGUAACGCUGGGCUUUGGUUUUUCUUUUGUCACAUUAAUAUUGUAUGGGAAAUUCUAAUUCAUUA